CAGAGGAGUGAUCGGGGUGACCCCAAUCUCCAGGCACAACUCCGACACCCCUAACAUGAAGAGCCGCCUAGGUCUUCCACUUCCCUGGCUUCUCACCCUGACAGCAGUGAGCGCAGUGAAGGUGACGAUAAACACUCCAAGCGUCCAGGUGACCAGAGGUGGGACAGCUCUCCUCCCCUGCUCCUUCCGAACCACAGCCGCACUCAACCGUCUAAACAUCAUCUGGACGGUUACUCCACUGGAGGAGCCAAAACACCCGCUGCAGGUCAUUGCAUAUGAACAGGGUCAGAUUGUGGAAAGUCUGACUGAAUAUUUGGGCAGAGUGAGAUUUGCCUUUCAGCCUACCCAGGAUGCCAGUAUCUUCAUUAACCACACACGGGUGUCGGACACCGGCACGUACCAGUGCACCGUCAUGAACCCACCAGAUGGGGCAACACCCAACAUCGGCCUGGUUGGACUCACCGUACUCGUCCCUCCUUCCAUUCCAGACUGUUCCAGCGAUGGCCAAGGCCAGGAAGGAGGCAGCAUCCACCUCCGCUGCUCUGUGACAGAGGGGAUCCCAACUCCCCGCUUCAGAUGGGAGAAAAUGUCCCCUGAUGGUCAACUACUCAUCAGCCACCAGGAAGAUCAUCGAGGUUCCGCUACCCUGACAAACAUCACAUUGGGGACGUCGGGUCUGUAUCGCUGUACAGCCACAAAUCAGCUGGGCUCUCAGUCCUGUGCCAUAGAGCUUCGUAUUCAUGUAGGAGGUAUCGACGCAAUGGGGAUAUUUGCCGCCAUCACCAUCACACUUAUCAUGGGUCUGGUCCUCCUGGCGCUCUUUGCUCUGGUCCUGUGCCUCCACCAGCAGAGUCGGGGAAAGUGGCGCGAAGCCGAGUUAUAUGACCCCACCAGGGUGGACAAUCUCUCUGCAGGACAACUUCAUGUCAUUAAAAGUGCAGACAGUGACACAGGAAUAUCCAGCCUCAUAGCCCGACCUGUGUCCGAGCCAUAUAUUCCGCCAGCACGGCCUUCUCCCCGCAUCCUGUACAGUGUCCGGCAGAGCCAGAUCAACCUAUCACCUGUCCUGGAGACACCACACAUCAGAAAACACUUUCCUCGUCUGUGCUCUGAAACUGAUGAUUCCAUAACUGAGAGCGAGGAAGAUGAUGAAGAUAAUACCAGCCCUGUGUCACCUCCUGUCUACCGCUCUUCCCUUUACUCUCUGAAUUCUGGAUUCCUGGUGUAA